ACUGAUUCGAAUUCAAUCGCUAUCUUGCAUUGACCGAGUGUAGACCUAAUUACAUUGUUGUGGAGACGCGGACAAAUCGGUCGUCGAUAUGUUCGGGUUUAUCAUCGAAUUGGUUCUUGUCUUCAUAAUAUCUUGUUUGACUAUAUUCUAUUUAUUCGUGCGAAGUAAUUAUGGAUACUGGAAGAAACGAGGCGUGCCAUACGAUAAGCCGAAAUUUAUUUUCGGGAGCCUUUCCUUCAUUAUGAGAAGGAGUUUCUGGGAUGUGUUUUACGAUUUGAGUAAAAAGUAUAAAAAUUAUGAUUAUCUUGGAAUAUUCAUGUCAUGGAAGCCUGCCCUCAUGAUCAUGUCAAAGGAUCUUGCAAAGAAAGUCCUUGUGAAAGACAGUGACAGUUUUCAAGACAGAUACAGCUAUUCCGGAAUGAAAGAUGAUCCGCUGGGUUCAUUGAACUUGUUUUCUAUUAAGAGUCCUAUGUGGAUACAAAUGAGGAGCGAACUGUCACCGAUGUUCACAAGUCUUCGUUUGAAAGGAGUCACAGAACUUAUGAACAUAAACUCAACGGAACUCGUGCGCAGGGUGCAGAAGGAUUACAUCGAUAAAAAUAAACCUGUUGACCUUAAGGAACUGUUUUCAAUGUACACAUCAGACACGGUGGCUUAUACAGUUUUUGGCAUUCGAGUGAGUGCUCUGAAAGAUCUUGCCUCACCCCUCUGGGACAUCACACAGCACAUGGUGAGGUGGACCUUCUGGAGAGGAUUGGAAUUUACCAUGGUCUUCUUCCUUCCAGUUAUCGCCGAAAUCUUCAGAUUAAAAUUCUUCUCGCAGCCUGCAACUGAACACAUAAGGAAGUUAUUCCAUGAAGUAGUAGCCCAAAGAAAGAAAACCGGUGAAUCCAAUGACAAGGACCUCGUCAAUCAUUUACUAAAGUUAAAGGCGAACUUGAAACUCCCGGUUGGAUCCGAUGCAGAAUUAGCUGAUAACUUAAUGAUGGCUCAGGUGGCUGUGUUCAUAUUGGGUUCUAUUGAAACAUCAUCAACAACAUUGACGUACUGCCUUAAUGAGCUUGCUUACCAUCCAGAGGAACAGGAAAAACUUUACCAGGAAGUUACAGCGAUGCUAAAAGAGAGCGGGAAGGAAAUACUGGAGUAUGAUGACUUGUUGAAAGUAAAAUAUCUGACGGCGUGCAUGCAUGAAACAUUAAGGAAGUACCCACCAGUGCCACAUUUGGACAGAGUAUGCAACAAGGCGUACCAACUGACUGAAAACUUGACAGUGGAACCUGGCACCCCAGUCUACGUGAACGUGGUAUCCAUCCACUACAACGAGGACAAUUACCCUGAACCCGAAGAGUGGCGUCCCGAGAGAUUCAUCAAUUCCACCGACAGCGACAACCACGAUUUCACCUUCCUACCAUUCGGUGAAGGUCCCAGAUUCUGUAUAGGUAAACGCUACGGGAUGAUGCAGAUAAGGACAGCGAUCGCCCAGUUGAUAACUAAAUAUAGAUUUGAGCCUGCUGCGCCCGUAAAAAUGGAGAGCGAUCCCUACAGCGUCAUUCUAGGACCUAAAGGCGGAGGCAAAGUAAAAUUUGUACCUAGGACUUAAAAAAAUAAUCUCUUUUACAUCAGUAUAUGUCGUAUCUAUAUUGAUAUGACUUAAUUAUAUGUUUAAUUCCUUGUACCUAGUUGAUACUCUUAGUAUGAUUGAAUAAA